UGUGAUGAUGUCAUCAGUACGCGCCGCUCCCGGGCAUGUGAUAUUGGCAAAGUCAGUCGCGAUCAGGGAAUAAACACAUAAUAAUAAUAAUAAUUCAUGCACAGUGAUAUAAGAGUAGAUACAUCAUCGUGUGUAUGAAGAUGAACAGUGUCGGUGAGGGCUGUACGGAUCUCAAACGCGAGUACGAUCAGUGUUUUAAUCGUUGGUUUGCUGAGAAGUUCCUGAAGGGAGACCGAAGUGGAGAUCCGUGUACUGAAUUCUUCAAGAAAUAUCAAACAUGUGUUCAGAAAGCCAUCAAAGAGAAGGACAUUCCUAUAGAAGGUUUGGAGUUCAUGGGCCCCAGUAAAGAGAAAGCGGACAGCUGAUAUUCACCUGAACAUCACCUGAUAUCAUUUAUCGGUGUGAUGGAUUUCUCUGGCAUUUAUGGACAGAGGGACAUUGCUCUGCUGAAUUUUUCAUGGACACCUGGAUAAAGUGAACUGUUGGAUCAUCCAUAUUGUUGAGACUAAAAAGUUUCUGCAUUUGGUGCUUUGUCUGUUAAAUUAUUAUCGAAGAGGGUCUGUCAGCAACAUAUUGCUGAUACUGUUGGGCAUGCAGAAAGAAUGCAUUGCGUGUUCAGUUUGAUUUUUUAAGGACAUUUUUGGUUACCAGUGAAAAAUGUAUUUUCAAUGUGCCUCAUAAGAUGUGUGUGUUUAUGUAGAGCAAUGUUUGAGGUCAAUGCAGAAGAGCAUUGUGGAGUGGAUACUUUAUUUUUUUUAACACAUUCAUAUCUUUGUAAGGCUCAUGCAUGUGCUGUUAAUAGUAAUAUAGGUACAGCUAUGGCGGAUGCCAAACCACGAAUUAAGUGUGCUUUUAACAGCUUUAGUUUUAUUUUCAGUUGCUUGGGAGAACUGGAUAAGAAUUUUCAUUUCAAAUGCCAAUCAAAUAAAAAAAAUGUAGUAUACAGAUAUCUACAAUAAGCUCGCC